UUUGAACAUGAAUGCCGAUUGAGAGAUGAACCUGUUCCGCUUACUAUUGUACCUAAAACCCAUUGAAAGAUCUUGGAACAGCGUCGCCUCUAGCUUCUCCACCUUAUCACCGGCACUUCUUGCAGUUCAGAAUUCAUUUAUUUCAUUUCCAAAACCCCAAUCUAAAAGGCGCGAAUUUGCUAACCUCCUCCAACAACCAACGUCGGAAGACUCCCUUUUGUAUUACAAGAACAUCCAUGGCCAAAUCGUGGUGUCGGGUUUUGAAUCAGACACGUUUCUUGCCAACAUUCUGUUGAAGUGUUACUCGAGAUGUGGCAAUGUAGGUGAUGCACGGAAGUUGUUUGAUAAAAUGCCUGAGAAAAACUUGGUUACUUGGUCCUCUAUGGUUUCCAUGUAUGGUCAACAUGGGUAUAGUGAAGAGGCCUUGAUGGUUUUUUUGGCGUUUAGAAGGAGUUCUGAAGAGAGUCCAAAUGAGUAUAUUUUGGCGAGUGUAAUGCGUGCUUGUACUCAGUUGGGGAGUGAUGGAGCAGUUCAAAUGCACGGCUUCAUAAUUAAGAAUGGUUUUGAGCAAGAUGCUUAUGUAGGUACUUCCUUGAUUGAUUUUUAUGCAAAAAAGGGUGAUCUACAUGAGGCAAGAUUGAUUUUUGAUAGCUUAGAUGUGAAAACUGCGGUUACUUGGACUACAAUGAUAACAGGGUAUGUUAAGAGUGAGAAGAGUGAAGUAUCGCUACAAUUGUUUAGUGAGAUGAGAGAAACGGAUGUCACUCCUGAUAAAUAUGUGCUCUCUAGUGUUUUGAGUGCUUGCUCAACUCUUGAGUUUAUUAAAGGAGGGAGGCAGAUUCAUGGUCAUGUAUUGAGGAGGGGAACAGAAUUGGAUGUUUCAGUGGUUAAUGUGUUGAUUGAUUUUUACUCCAAGUGUGGUAGAGUAGAUAUUUCAUGGAAACUGUUUGAUCGAAUGGUGGAUAGAAAUGUUAUUUCAUGGACCACAAUGAUUGCUGGGUACAUGCAAAAUUCAUUUGACAGGGAAGCUGUGAAGCUGUUUGCCACAAUGACCAGGUUGGGAUGGAGGGCAGAUGCCUUUGCUUGCACCAGUGUUCUCACAUCUUGUGGUUCACUUGAGAUGCUGGAUGUGGGGAGACAAGUGCAUGCUUACACUGUCAAGGCCAAUCUUGAGUAUGAUAAUUUUGUCAAAAAUGGUUUAAUUGACAUGUAUGCAAAGUGUGAUUCCUUGACUGAUGCGAGAAGAGUUUUUGAUACUACGACUGAUCACAAUGUGAUCUCUUAUAAUGCCAUGAUUGAAGGGUACUCAUGCCAGGAGAAGCUAUCUGAAGCAAUAGACCUUUUCCACAAUAUGAGGAUUAGGUCAUUCUCUCCAAGUCUCUUGACAUUUGUUAGCCUUCUUGGUGCAUCAGCUGCAUUAUGCGACAUUGAACUCAGCAAGCAGAUUCAUAGUCUUAUCAUUAAAUUUGGAGUUUCUUUGAACUUGUUUGCUGGUAGUGCUCUAAUAGAUGUUUAUUCCAAAUGUUUAUGUACAGAAGAUGCUAGACGUAUAUUUGAGGAGAUGAAUGAAAGAGAUAUUGUAGUAUGGAAUGCUAUGGCUUUUGGCUAUACCCAACAAUUGGAAAAUGAAGAGGCUCUCAAACUUUUCUCAGAAUUACAGUUAUCAAGACAAAAACCAAAUGAAUUCACUUUUUCUGCUCUAUUGACAGCUGCUAGUAACCUAGCCAGUCUCCAACAAGGUCAGCAGUUCCACACACAGUUAAUAAAAUGUGGUCUGGACUCUGACCCCUUUGUCAUAAAUGCCAUCAUUGAUAUGUAUGCCAAAUGUGGAAGCUUUGUAGACUCUUACAAAACAUUUGAUUCGGCAGUUUGGAGGGAUGUUGUGUGUUGGAAUUCCAUAAUCACAACGUAUGCAUAUCAUGGAGAAGCUAAAGAAGCUCUUAGGAUGUUUGACAGGAUGAUCGAGGGAGGAAUAAAACCUAACUACAUAACUUUUGUUGGUGUACUCUCAGCGUGUACCCAUGCAGGGCUUGUAGAGCAAGGGCUCCAACACUUUGAAUCAAUGCUUGCAUUUGGGGUUGAACCUGGGAUUGAACAUUAUGCUUCUGUGGUUUCUCUUUUGGGUCUUGCUGGUAAACUAUAUGAAGCAAAAGAGUUAAUUGAGAAAAUGCCAAUUGAACCAGCAGCAGUGGUGUGGAGGAGCUUGCUUAGUGCAUGUAGGAUUGCUGGUAAUGUUGAAUUGGGAAAAUAUGCAGCAGAUAUGGCAAUUUCCUUGGACCCAAUGGAUAGUGGUUCAUACACAUUACUCUCAAAUAUAUUUGCAUCUAAGGGUAUGUGGGCAGAUGUUAAGAAAGUGAGGGAAAAAAUGGACUUAGAUGGUGUGCUGAAAGAACCUGGGCGUAGUUGGAUUGAAGUUGAUAAUGAGAGUCAUGUUUUUAUUGCCAAGGACAGGACUCAUCCUGUUGCCAACUUAAUAUAUUCAGUUUUGGACAAUUUGAUUCUUCAGAUUAAGGGUGCUGGUUAUGUGCCUGAGACUGCUACACUCCUUAUUAAUGAAUGAAGAUAGAUGUGGCAGGAGUCGCGUGCCAGACAACAAUAUACUUUUCUUUGAGGUUCAAGUAGAAAAUGAUUACUGGAAUGCUAAUUUGAGGGAUGUGUUAAAAUGGAUCAACUCAGGCUGCUUGUAUGUCUACUUGAUUUCUUUUUUCUCCUUUUAGAGAGGUUCCAAGAUGCAUUUCAAUGUGGAGCAGAAUAGUAGUCUCUAGAAGGAAAUCUUUUAAUACACUGACCAGCAGAAC